CAGAUCGAUAACCGGAAAUGUUGUUCAAGCGUUUGUUCAACAUACAAGAAACGAAACUCACACUAUACUAAAAGCGCGAUAAGUUAAUCUGUUUCGAUAAGGUUGUGUUCAACUCGUAGCCACUUGCAGUUGAGUUUUAUACGCAAGCCGAAGCUACGGACGAACCUUCGACGACAUGUCAAAGGAGAGGAACGGCGAUGGACGAUCAAGGAAAGGGGACGAAGACGGCGUCGGUGUAUCGAUAGAGGCUGCGAAAGAGAGCCGACAUGCGGCCAGGCUGAGCACCCUCGGUAAUCACUUUAGCGCCCGAUUUCACCGGGAACCUUCAUUCUUCGUCAGAGUUCCCGGAAGGGUGAACCUGAUCGGAGAACACAUCGACUACUGCGGUUACGCGGUGUGUCCAAUGGCCAUUAGACAGGACGUAUUGGUGGCAGUCUCUUCGACGGAGGACGGAAUGCUGCGGUUGACAAAUUUGGAGGCGAAAUACUCGGAUUUCGAGUGCAAUUUUGGUCACAUCCGGAGCAGUUCCUUCGACGGAAGUCCCGCAUGGCAAAACUACUUCUUGUGCGGUGUAAAGGGUGCCCUGGACGAGAUUCCCGAGGGCCGUCAACCACGCGGGAUGCUGGCAGCUGUUUGGGGAAACGUUCCACCGAGUUCCGGGCUUUCCAGUUCCAGCGCUCUCGUUUCAGCCGCUGUACUCGGAACCAUGCAUCUCAGCGAGUGUAAACGGUCUAAAGAAGACAUGGGAACAAUAAGCGCAAGGGCUGAACGAUACAUUGGAACUCAGGGGGGUGGAAUGGACCAGGCAAUCGCUUUUCUCGGCCAGGAAGGCUGUGCAAAGCUCAUCGAGUUCGAUCCUCUCCGAGCUUUCGACGUAACCUUACCCAGAAGCGCCGUAUUCGUAAUAGCUCAUUCGCUGGCGCGUCACAACAAGGCGUCGACUUCCGACUACAACCUUAGGGUGGCGGAGUGCCGAAUCGGUGCCCAGAUAAUAGCGAAAAAAAACGGGCUGAAAUGGGACGAAGUGAAGAAAUUGGUCGACGUUCAAGCGAAGCUGAACAAAACUCUGAACGAAAUGGCGGCCAUAGUUGAACGGGAUCUGGAUCAAGAUUCUUACAGUCUUGACGAGAUAUGCAGCAGCCUCGAAACGACGCUCGAAUACUUGAAAAAAGUUUCACUGACGAAGAGUUUCAAGGAUUCGCAAGUCUUCAAGCUGAGACAGCGAGCUUUCCACGUGUUCCAAGAGGCAGCGCGGGUGGUUGAAUUCCGUGAAAUAAAUCAGCGGGACGGGGAAAGCGAUAAAGAGCGUCUCCGUCAUCUCGGACGUCUCAUGACCCAGAGUCACGUGAGCCUGGACCAGAUGUACGAGUGUAGUCAUCCGGAACUAAACCGUCUGGUCGAAGACGCGAUGGAGUGCGGAGCCCUUGGAGCUCGCCUAACCGGAGCUGGAUGGGGCGGAUGCGCGGUAGUUCUUACGACAAAGGAGAAGGUCUCAGAGUUCCUGGUGUCUCUCAAAGAGAAAUUCUACCAUCGCCAAGGCAUAAAGCCCUCCGAAACCGAGGGUCUAUUGUUCCCAACGGAGCCCAAUCAGGGUGCGGCCAUCUACAUCCCUUAGGUGAUUUGUUUCGUCCACGACGCUGUAUAGCGCAGCUGCUAUAGGAUGACCGUAAUUGCAGUUAAUUACUCGUAAAUUUACUCUCUGCCACCUUGCAGCCGUCCAUUUUCCAAGGUCAAGUUCCUCAACCUCUCCCUAAACAGACACAUACCUUAUAUAUGUA